UUAAGUGUAUUAUGUCAACAGAUUACACAUAACUGUAUUAGGUUAGUUGAAAGCAAUGAUAUUACAUUGAGCCUACUAUUUAAUUAUUUAAACGUAAUAGUAUUGCUUUCAACUAACCUGGUGCAGUUAUGUGAAAGGGAACUGUAUUAGGAAACACAGCGUGUGCACUCAAGUUGAAACGAUAACUUAAUUCAAUGUAUUAUUUAACACAUAACUGUAUUAGGAUGGUUGAAAGCAAUAAUAUUAAGUUUAAAUAAAAUAACAAUAGGUUCAACUUAAUAUAAUUGCUUUUAACGAACCUAAUACAGCUGUAUGGAACCAGUGGACAUAAUACAAUUAAUUAAAGUCAAUGUUUAAUUUCUUCAGAAACAGCAUGAAGUGAAUCAUGGGAUACAGGGAGUGAGGAUUUAAUGGCAGGAGGGUAUCAAUAUAUUUUUAGCGACUAUAAAGGAAUUUGAAUUUGUAUGAAAUAAAAGCCACAGCCACGAUGCCUGCUGCAUUAUGGGACCGUAGUUGCUCGCUGUGCCUCUGAGUAGAGGUCCACUUACUAUGGAAAGUCUGCAUCAUCAGGCCACAGCUGUAUCUCAUUAUUCAUGGAAUGCAGGGCUUUAGUAAGAAAAGGCUGUGCAGAAUAUGGGCUGGCUUUCUCAAAUCCUUCUCUCCCCCCCACACUCUCCCCUCUCAGCUGAGAUCUUUCGGCGAUGCCAAAGUCCCCUCUGAGACGAUGAGAACACACACCCGCGGGGCCCCCACAGUCUUCUUCAUAAGUCUGCUGUGGCCCCUGCUCGCUGUGGUGGACGUGGUGGCGGCAGCAGAAGUUGACCCCAACGGAGGAAUCCCCUUCAUGGGGGGGAACUACAAUGGUCACCCCAUGCUGUACUUCAACCGGGGGGAGGUGGAGGAGCUGCAGUACGCGGCGGGGGGGACUCACCGCGACAUGGCGAGGAGGAUCCGUGAGGCGGGGGAGACCAUGCUGGAGCACCCAGAGCUCUACCUGCCCCCCUGGAGCCCGGCGGAGUUCAGCGCCCGCUGGAACGAGGUGUACGGGAACAACCUGGGGGUGCUGUCCAUGUUUUGCCUGCUGUACCCCCACAGGGAAGGGGCCCUCGACCUCGCCAAGGACUACAUGGAGAGGAUGGCGGCUCAGCCUAGUUGGUUGGUUAAAGACGCUCCCUGGGACGAGGUUCCUCUGGCGCACUCUUUGGUCGGGUUUGCCACUGCCUACGACUUUCUGUACGAAUACCUGAACAAGGACCAGCAGGAACGCUUCCUGCAGGUGAUCGGCAAUGCGUCCCGCCUCAUGUACGAGAAGUCGUACGUCCGAGGGUGGGGCUUCCAGUACCUGCACAACCACCAGCCCACCAACUGUGUGGCACUGCUCACAGGAAGCCUGGUCUACAUGACCCAAGGCUACUUGCAGGAGGCCUACCUGUGGACCAAGCAGGUGCUGUCCAUCAUGGAGAAGUCCAUGGUGCUGCUUCAGGACGUGACGGAUGGCUCCCUGUACGAAGGCGUGGCCUACGGGACGUACACCACCCGCUCCCUGUUCCAGUACAUGUUCCUGGUGCAGCGCCACUUCGCCAUCAGCCACUUCGACCACCCCUGGCUGCUGAAGCACUUCGCCUUCCUGUACCGGACCGUCCUGCCAGGAUUUCAGCGGACUGUGGCCAUAGCAGAUUCUAACUACAACUGGUUCUACGGACCAGAGAGCCAGCUGGUCUUCUUGGACCGCUAUGUGUUGCGUAACGGCAGUGGAAACUGGCUGGCAGAUCUGAUCCAUCAGAACAGGGUGAUGGAGGGGCCGGGGAAAGCGGGGAAAGGCCAGCGAUGGUGUACCCUCCACACAGAGUUCAUCUGGUACGAUCCAGGACUGUUUCCGAAGCCUCCAUCAGAUUUCGGAACAUCCCAACUUCACCACUUUGAGGACUGGGGGGUGGUGACGUACGGCAGCGCUCUACCUGCAGACACCAACCGGACCUUUCUGUCCUUCAAGGCGGGGAAGCUGGGGGGACGCGCCAUCUUCGACAUCGUUCACAGGAACAAGUACAAAGAGUGGAUCAAAGGCUGGAGGAACUUUAACGCCGGGCAUGAGCACCCCGAUCAGAACACUUUCACUUUCAUGCCCAACGGCGUCCCGUUCAUCACCGAGGCGCUGUAUGGACCCAAGUACACGCUGCUGAACAACGCAGUCCUGUUCAGCUCUGACGUCCCGGGUAGUUGCUUCAUGCCGUGGACUGGACAGGUGACGGAAGCCUGCGAUUCCAAGUGGUUGAAGUACAAGGUGGGGCUGGCGGCGGAUGCCCAGGGCAGAGUGGAGGCUGCCAUGGAGAGGCAGGGCAUGGUCUUCAUCCGUGGGGAGGGACAUUCCUCUUAUAAUCCCGAGCUGAAGAUCAGGAGCUUCCAGAGGAACCUGCUCCUUCUCCACCCACAGCUCCUGCUUCUGGUGGAUCACAUCCACCUGGAUCCGGACAGCCCCACCAGGGCCAUGAGUGCCUUCUUCCACAACACGGAGCUGCCAUUCCAGAGCACCAAGAUAGAUGGUGUUCAUGGAGCGUAUGUUUCCCACGGGGAGGAUAACUACAAGAUGUUCUGGAUGGAUGACACCGGCUUCAGUAACAAAGGGGUGGUGGGUUACUGGAACUACCCUCGAGGCUACCCGUACAACGGCUCCAACUAUGUGAACGUCACUAUGCCAUUGAGGUUCCCCCACACCAGGGUGGCCUACAUUUUCUAUGGACCCGGCGUGGAUGUACAGAGCUUCAGCCUGCGCGGCGAUGACCAGAGAGUGGAUAUCUACCUGGCCACUAAGGACCACACCUACACCAUCUACCUCCUGACCGGAGAGGUCCCCAGCAAGCCCCUGUUCGCCAUGGUGCUGCUGGACCACAAGAAGAUCGUCUUCGAGAAGUGGGCAGCAGCUGCGGAGGAGGACAGCUCCCCUGAGGAAGUCGAGGAAUACGUCAACGUGGUGGAGGACAACCUGCAGCACGUGAAGCCCGUCUUCCAGCAGAUGGAGAGACACAUCCUGGGACGGGUUCUCAACACGGCCAGCUUCAGAAAGACUGCAGAGCGCCUCCUCCAGUUCUCAGACAAGAAGAAGACGGAGGAAGUCAUAGAGAAGAUGUUUGCUAUGUCCAAGAAACAGGGCAAGGGGAAAGGGGGGAGGAAAGUGAACCUUGGGGAAAAGCUGUCUGAGAGUCUUCCUGACAUUUUCGCACAGGUUGAGGUAAACGAGAAAAAGGUGAGACAGAGGACUUCAAAGCGUACUUAUGAGGACAGUCCAGAGGAGGGGGAGGGUGACUCUCGGGCCUUUAUGGAUUAUACAGAUGGUCGCAAAAAUAGAAAGGGGGCUUUUGUCAAGGGCCGGAAAUUUAAGGAGGUUCACAUGGUGGCCACGGCGGGGAGCGAGGGUCUCUCCAGCACCGCCUCCUACAUCAGGCUCUUCCUCCUGCUGAACACGGCCACCUUCUUCCUGCUGCUGGGCGUGUUGCUGACCCGUUUUCAGAGGGGGCGCAGUCUGCACACGCAGAGAUGUUUCUACACCAUCCUUCUGAUCGACUGCUUCAUCCUACUGUACCUCUACUCCUCCUGCUCUCACUCACAGUGUUAAUACACCAGACUACAGACCAAUGACCCCCAUGCUGCCCCCCCACACCCGGUGGGAGGCGGAUCUUAGGACACAAAAGUCUAGUUGCCAGCACUAUGAACCAGGAAAUGUUGAGAACCACAAAGUUUUAUGUUUGAAAUGUAUAGUACGGUCCCCAGCACAGAUAAACUGCCAGAUGCUAACUUGCAUAUGUUGGGCAGUUUGCCAAAAUUAGCACAAGUUGAAUUAAUUAGCAUUUGUAGACUAAAGCAAAAAAAUGGCUUGGCUGAUUUUGACCAUUUUGGUCUGUUCUUUUUUUUAAAUUGGCAGUUAAGAAAAUUCACCAAACCAGUCCACCGGGAUGACAAAUAUGGCCACUCUGGUCAAAACUGCUAAUUGUGCAAAUUGCCCAACAUAUGCUGGCUAGCACCCUGCAGUUUCUCUGUGCUGGGAACCAGACUAUACAUGUCUAACAUAAAGCUCUGUGGUCCUCAUCAGUAGGACCCUAUGAGCUGGCACACAGAAAAAUAUCUGAGAUUUCAAGAAAAAUGAUGAUAACGAAAAUAUGUUUGACUAAUAAAGUAUUGUCAGAAUAAAGUUGUCAUUUUACAAGAAAAAAAUCAUAAUGUUUUAAAGGUCAUAUUAUGAAAUUAUCAUUUAAACACUUAUCUCUUCUAUCAGAGUCACAGGCAGCUCUUGAAAUGAAGAAUACGGAUGAUUAUAGAGUUCAUCUAUGAGGACAUUAUUUUACAUUUUUGGACACAAAAUAAAAAACAAUAACACCAUGUCUUUUCUCAUAUGACUUUAUCUGGAGUUUUGACUUUCUCCUUAUAUUAUGCUUUUUAUUCUCUUAAUAUUAUGAUUAUUAGACCAGAAUUACAGCUUUAUACUACUAUAAUGCUUUUUAUUUCUCAAUAUGAUUCUUGUUAGUAACUUUCUAUACUAAAUGUUAUUAUGACUUUUGCUAUCAUAAUAUUUUCUUUCUAGAAUGUACAACUUUAUUUUCCAAAUAUUAUUAAUUAUAUAUUAUAUGUAAUAAAUAUUUUUUAUAUCGCCUCAAAAUCACAAAUUAACUUGGGCUUAAUAGUUAAGUGUAUAAAAUGUGUAAAUGUAAUGUAUAAAAUUAGAAAUUAGAACUGAUGACAGCUUUAUUCUCACUUUCCCCAGGAGUGUAUUCUUGAAAUCUCAUAUAUUUUUAUAUAAUGGUCCAAAUACUGGUAAGAUCUACCUAACGGGUAUUCAGGAAAAACAACUGAUUCCAAAUAGGAAUUGAUGAAAUGCCAGGAUGAGACCAGACCACCUCUGAUGUAAAAGCUUCUGUGGAGCUUCAGAACGAGUGUGUGUGAAGUGUGUGUUCUCCAGAAGUCUGGUCUGUGUAAUAGAUCAGAGGUUAGCCACUAUGAUGCAGUCACCCAUAGUUCAUAGGAAAACAUUUACAUGUAUAUAUGUGAAAGCAAGAUAUAUUUUUAUGGUGUUUUUUUUUUACCAUUUGUAAAUAAAAUUACCACAUGCA